ACCUGUUUGUUUGCCAGGUCUUUCCUCAAUACAUUUGACUAUGAACUGCAAGGGACAGCCAGGUGCCACCGUCCACCCUGUGCACGGCAGCCUCCUGGUUAGGUGACCGUGACCAUCUGCUGUCCACACCGCUGCAGUGACGGGUGCUGAGGCUCAGCACAGCCAGGGUGCCCGCUCCAGCUGCCCGCAGCGUGCUCCUCCCGCGGCGCAGCCAGUGCCCUCAGAGUCCAGGUUCCGCUGGCUCUUUUCCAAGACGGCUUAGUCUUGAACAGACUUGUCGCCAUCAAAAAUAAUGAUUAACUUAGAAGAUAAUGUACAGUAUGUGUCCAUGAGAAAAACUCUGAAAGUGAAGACGCCUCGGUUUGACGUGUCACUGGUGUAUUUAACUCGGAAAUUUAUGGAUCUUGUCAGAAACGCUCCUGGGGGGAUUCUGGAUCUGAACAAGGUCGCAACGAAGCUGGGCGUCCGGAAACGAAGAGUGUACGACAUCACCAAUGUCUUAGAUGGGAUCGACCUGGUUGAAAAAAAAUCGAAGAACCACAUUCGCUGGAUCGGUCCUGUCCCCUGCUUUCCAAGAGGAUCCGAUCUCAACAACUUCGGAGCAGUGCCCCAACAGAAGAAGCUGCGGGAGGAGCUGUCCGACCUGUCGGCCAUGGAGGAGGCUCUGGACGAGUUGAUUAAGGAUUGUGCUCAGCAGCUGUUCGAGUUGACGGAUGACAAAGACAAUGAAAGGCUCGCGUAUGUGACGUACCAAGACAUCCACAGCAUCCGAGCCUUCCACGAGCAGAUCGUCAUCGCGGUGAGAGCUCCGGCGGAGACCAGACUGGACGUCCCAGCCCCCAGAGAAGACUCCAUCACGGUGCACAUACGGAGCACCAAGGGGCCCAUCGACGUCUACUUGUGUGAAGUGGAGCAGGGGCGCUCCGGCAGGAAGGGCUCGGACGGGGCAGGACCCUCGGCGUCUAAGAAAAGCAAACACUCAGAAACACCUGACCAAGAAGAAAAUGCUCCACAGCAAAGUGAAGUGAGUGACUGACGGGAUUUGAGCCCCGUGUGUUGAGUGGCUUUGGAGCGUCGCGUGGUGAUUACGCAUCGAGUUUGAUCGUCAGCGAUCGGUCACUGUGAAGGCCCCCCUCGGUCCGUGGCACAAGGCCAGUAGUGUCUUUGAGUGGCUCACUGCUUAGAUUCCGGGAUGGUUAUGGUUUCCACAUUCAGAAGCAACUCUUCUUCUAACUCACUGCUUUUUGUCAGUGAACUAGAUAUUCUGCCUUCCACAAAGAGUAUCACUAACCCAAAACGGUCAGUCCUGCGUGGACUCUGCCCUCCCUUCAAGGAUCAUGUAUCGUCAUCACAAAAGCAGUUGCCUUACGCGAGUUCACGUCUGCAUUAGCUGCUGCGCAGUGGGUGGGCGUGCACACGCCAUCUCAGUGUGAUGUCUGUAUAUAUCUGUAUAGUGCUUAGGUCGCUUAUGUGUGUCUCCGUGGGUCUCUUCGCCGUUGUAUAGCCAAAAUCAUGUAUAUAUGGAAAUUAACAGAUCCUCUAACUGCUGUGGUAUCUGUAACUUAUUAGCAUCUUCUGAACUUAAAGAUCAUGGGUUUGAUUAAAGACUUUCAGUAUGAUUCCCAGUGGUGGAAUGGGGUCCAGGUGACCUACAGCUACUGUCUGAGCAGACAGGUGGCAUGCCUCACACCUUCAGGGUCAAGUGUGGAGAUGCCAUCAGGUAGUGGCUUAAAGAGUGUGAGGCAGGAAUUCAGUGACGGUGACAGCUGGAAGUUGUCCUAAGCUUUUUGCCAGCAGGUUUGCGAUGUCUGUGUGCAGCCUUGCUCCUCGCUCAGAGGGGAGCAUUCAGGCAUCAGUUGUCCCCUGCCCUCUCUCCUGCUCCAGCCCCUUUUCCAAGUACCCAGCUAUGUCUACCUCACUGGUAAAUCACGUACCGCCCUGUGCCUCAGCUCACUCGGGUUACCAUGGACUGUGAGCUCCCGGAGGGACUCUGUCUUAAUCAGCGCUACGCCCGGAGCCUUGUGCGACGCCUGACAGAAGCGUGCUCCGUCGCUGAACAAACCAGCGAGUGAGUGGAUUGUAAAGCCAGACUAAACGUGCGUGGCUUGUCUGCCACGUGGGGUCUUGGGAGCAUCCUUCAGACUUUUAUUGUAAACGUCUCAUUUUCAAAGAAAAAUUUGGAGCAACUUGAAAUUAGGAUCAUGUAUAAAAAGGUUUAAAA